AGGAUUUGGUUUCCCUACCCUAGCUCCCCCUGCAGGGACAGAGAGGCACGGCCUGGAAAUGGAUGCCACUUCUGCUGCUUCUGGUCUGGGUAGCCACCAUGUGCAGUGCCCAGGACAGGAGUGAUCUCCUCAAUGUCUGUAUGGAUGCCAAGCACCACAAGACAAAGCCAGGUCCUGAGGACAAGCUGCAUGACCAAUGCAGUCCCUGGAAGAAGAAUGCCUGCUGCACGGCCAACACCAGCCAGGAGCUGCACAAGGACACCUCCCGCCUGUACAACUUUAACUGGGACCACUGUGGUAAGAUGGAGCCCGCCUGCAAGCGCCACUUUAUCCAGGACACCUGUCUCUAUGAGUGCUCACCCCACCUGGGCCCCUGGAUCCGGCAGGUGAAUCAGAGCUGGCGCAAAGAACGCUUCCUGGAUGUGCCCUUAUGCAAAGAGGACUGUCAGCGCUGGUGGGAGGAUUGUCACACCUCCCACACCUGCAAGAGUAACUGGCACAGAGGAUGGGACUGGACCUCAGGAGUUAACAAGUGCCCAGCUGGGGCCCUCUGCCUCACCUUUGAGUCCUACUUCCCCACUCCAGUCGCCCUUUGUGAGGGCCUCUGGAGUCACUCAUACAAGGUCAGCAACUACAGCCGAGGGAGCGGCCGCUGCAUCCAGAUGUGGUUUGACUCAGCCCAGGGCAACCCCAAUGAGGAAGUGGCGAGGUUCUAUGCUGCAGCCAUGCAUGUAAAUGCUGGCGAGAUGCUUCAUGGGAUUGGGGGUCUCCUGCUCAGCCUGGCCCUGAUGCUGCAACUCUGGCUUCUUGGCUGAGUUCAGUUCUCCCAGACUACCUGCCCUCAGCUUGGAUAACCAGGCUGGGCUCAGCUCAGCUCCCACAAAAGACAGCGUCCUAAGCAUGCUUUCAUAAGUCACCUAACCCUCUGUCACCCGGUCAGUUACUGCUCCAUGGUGGGGCCAACAGUCAUUUCUAAUAAACAGACUG